GAAUCUCUGAUUGCUCAGAGGCUGAAUUAAUUGGAGACCAUGGCGUUUGAUGGUACUUGGAAGGUAGACCGAAAUGAGAACUAUGAAAAGUUCAUGGAAAAAAUGGGUAUUAAUGUGGUGAAAAGGAAGCUUGCAGCUCAUGAUAAUUUGAAACUGAUAAUCACACAAGAAGGAAAUAAAUUCACAGUCAAAGAAUCAAGCACUUUUCGAAGCAUCGAAAUUAUUUUUGAGCUUGGUGUCACUUUUAAUUACAGCCUCGCAGAUGGAACUGAACUCAGUGGGGCUUGGACCCUGGAGGGAGAUAAACUUGUCGGAAAAUUUAAACGGUUGGACAACGGAAAUGAACUAAAUACUGUCCGAGAAAUUAUAGGUGGCGAAAUGGUCCAGACUUACACAUAUGAAGGUGUGGAAGCCAAGAGGAUUUUCAAAAAGGAAUGAGCACUGUUCCUGGAGCACUGCCCAGAACACAGAUUAGAUGGAAAAUCUAUAUUGAACCAGAAAUGCUUUCCUCUCCUCAUCUGGUAUAAAGUUGCUGAUUGAUUAGAUCGUUUAUAAGCAUUGGUCAAUGGCUUAUAUUUCCAGUCUCACCAAAGAAAAACACGUAAAAGCUAAUUAGGAUUUAACUUGUUUUCCACUUUCUAAGAUGUACAUUUACUGGUGUUCUAAAAGAAUGUGACAUUUUUAAAAACAUAUGAAUAAAUAUUGUUCCACAUUGCUU